ACUCCGUAUAAAACUCCUGAAACUGCCAGCAUUUACAAGGUGUCCUCUUUUCUUAACAAAGAGGAGAAACGAAGAAAACUCUCAUCUUUUUUUGGACUUCUUAUUAUUAUCUCUCCUCCUUAUUUCCCCCUAAAAUCCUCACUAUCUUUCAAUUCAACCUAUAUUUUUCGAUUUUUCUCCCAAUUCUUCAAUCAAUCGAUUGAUUAAGCAUCGUUUUUACGAUUAGGGCUUGUAUAAUCGGCGAAAAUGUCCUACGCUUACCUUUUCAAAUACAUCAUCAUCGGAGAUACUGGAGUGGGGAAGUCAUGUCUUCUUUUGCAAUUUACAGACAAGAGGUUUCAGCCUGUGCAUGACUUGACCAUCGGUGUUGAAUUCGGGGCCAGAAUGAUUACAAUUGAUAACAAGCCAAUUAAGUUACAAAUAUGGGAUACGGCUGGUCAAGAAUCAUUUAGGUCUAUUACAAGAUCCUAUUAUCGAGGAGCUGCAGGCGCACUUCUGGUGUAUGACAUCACCAGGAGGGAGACUUUUAAUCACCUUGCAAGUUGGCUGGAGGAUGCAAGGCAACAUGCUAAUGCAAAUAUGACGAUCAUGCUAAUUGGUAACAAAUGUGAUCUUGCUCAUAGGAGGGCAGUAAGUACCGAGGAAGGUGAACAGUUUGCUAAGGAACAUGGAUUGAUAUUCAUGGAGUGUUCAGCAAAAACUGCUCAAAAUGUCGAGGAGGCAUUCAUAAAAACUGCUGCUACAAUCUACAAGAAGAUUCAGGAUGGAGUGUUUGAUGUAUCUAAUGAGUCUUAUGGCAUCAAAGUUGGAUAUGGAGGUAUACAAGGAAAUGCUGCUGGUAGAGAUGCAUCAACUUCUCAAAGCGGGGCGUGCUGUGGGUAAAGUUCCAUCUAAUGUUGGCGCUGGAAUUCUGCUCUUCUUCAGUGGUUUGAUAGUGGGGUUUGUUUGUUACUUUAGUUCGACAUUUGUGAUUACUUAUGCACAUAUUCCUGUUUCACCAUCUCUAUGUAAAAUCUCGCUUCCUUGAAAUUUAGCAGUGGGAGACAUAAUAUACGUAGUAUUAUAAUUUGUUAUUUCUUUCAAUGAUUUAUGUUCAUUUGCCCGUGCAAGGCAUGGAUUGCUAAGCUUUGUGAUUCUGUAUUUGUUUGAUAUUAUAUAAUACUCCCACUAUUCGUUGUAUCCACUUUACAAAUUUUAAGUGACAAUUGUUUUUUGAUGAA